UGAACUUAUCCUAUCCAGCAUUGACAUUGAUGCAAAUGGAGAUUGGGAGUGUCUAGUCAACAAUUCCUAUGGAAAUAGCACAAAACAAGUAGAAAUUGUGGUACUUGAAACAGCUGCACCCUACUGCCCUGCAGAAAGAGUUAUUAACAACAAGGGAGAUUUCAGAUGGCCCAAAACUUUGGCUGGGAUAACUGCUUACCAUCCAUGUCUCCAGUAUUCGUUUAACUCCAUUGCCUUUCACAAUGGCGCAGGAGAGUCUAAGGCGUGGCGUAAAUGUAAUCGAACUGGACGUUGGGAUGAAGAAAACUAUUCUGAAUGUCCUUAUUCACAAGAAGUAACUCAAGUUCUUCAUGCUUUUAGUCAGAUGCACAUCAAUUUGACAACCGUGCUUGAAUUUUCCCGCCAGCUGACAGCCUACACAAGAGGUGCUUCCCACUUCGUGGAUAAAAUGGAUGUAAUAUAUUUGGCUUAUAUAAUGGAAAAGUUAAUUGUCUUCGUGGAUGAAUUUGAAGAUGUUGGGGAUGCUCUCAUUGAAAUUGCCAGCAAUAUAAUGUUGGUCGAUGACCAUGUGUUGUGGAUGGCUCAAAAGGAAGACAAAGCCUGCACCAGGAUUGUACGAUGUGUGGAACACAUUGCAAAUCAAAUACUGACCAGCAAUAUUCAAGUUAUAUCAAAGGUAUCUCGUAAUAUUGCUCUGGAGGCCUUUAUGAUCAAGCCAUCUAGUUUCACAGGAAUGACUUGCACUGCCUUCCAAAAAAUAUCUGCAAAUUCUGACAAGUCAGUGGUGCCUGAUUUGGGAAGCUGGGAAGCAAAUUACCAUCCUGAUCAACAUUUGAAUUUCAAGUGCAACACUGGCAAUUUGAAUAGUUCCUUGGUGAAUUCUUCUACCAGAAAUGCUGUAGCAGUAGCUUCAGUUCAUUUGCCACAGUCUGUCUUCUCUCAGUCUUCAGCCUGGCAAUCUGUUGAUAACUCCACUUGCAAGCUACAGUUUAUUGUCUUUCGGAAUGGAAAACUCUUUCCUAGCACAGGAAACUCAUCAAAUCUUGCAGAUGAUGGGAAACGUAGGACGGUUGCCACACCAGCUGUUUUUGCUAAAAUAGAUGGGUGCAGUUUUGGAAACCUCACCAGCCCUCUUACUAUAGGGUUGAGGCACUUUGCACGGGGUAUAGACCCCAUUGCAGCCUUCUGGGAUUUUGACCUUCUAAAUGGACAUGGAGGCUGGUGGGGAGAAGGGUGCCACAUAAUUAGUUCUGCAGGCAAUAUUACCACCAUUCAGAGUACGCACUUCAGUAACUUUGCAGUGCUAAUGGAUUUUAAGACAGUGCUGUCUUUCCCCCAGUACCCAGGGGAGUUUCUGCACCCUGUGGUAUAUGCAUGUACUGCAGUUAUGUUGUUGUGCCUGUUUGCUUCCAUUAUCACCUACAUUGUCCAUCACAGCACAAUCCGAAUAAGUAGAAAAGGAUGGCACAUGCUUCUCAACUUCUGUUUCCAUACUGCUCUUACGUUUGCUGUUUUUGCUGGUGGAAUCAAUCGCAUUAAAUAUCCAAUUAUAUGUCAAGCUGUUGGCAUAGUACUACAUUAUUCUACUCUCUCUACUAUGCUAUGGAUUGGAGUAACUGCCAGGAAUAUUUAUAAGCAAGUCACAAAAAAACCUCAGCCAUGCCAAAACAGUGACCAACCUUCUUAUCCAAAGCAACCGCUACUCAGAGUUAAAGCUUUCAAGGGCCUAUCACUUUGAUGACUGCAACCAACUGUGACAAUACUGCCAUUUUUCACUAAAUGUGCCUGGAUGCUAAUGAGGUGAAUCAAAUUAAUGCAUCAUUGCAUUUUGUGUACUGAAAUGCUGAACCCUAGCACUUCAACAGAUAAUG